AUGCUAAAAUAUCAAUUCCUAAUGAUUAGAUUUAUAUUCUUUGUUGAAGUUGGCAUGAUAAAGAUGGAUGGAUUAAUUUAGAAGAAUUAGGGUAGACUUUAAAUGAUACUUGGAUAGAGAAGAAGUAAUAGUAGAAUCUUAUUAAAUAAUUAUUUAAUAGAUUGAAUGGGAAAGUGAAUAUGGAAAGUUUUAUCAAUGCUGGGGUGAAAUGUAAUAAAUGUUAUAAAUAUUUAAGAUUUUACCAUGAAAUCGAUCUAUAUAGUAAGGGUUUCUUUCCAUAUUGGGAAAUGUAUAACCAUUACGAAGAGAAUGAAAAUUUACUAAAAAUAAUGA